ACACCGCGCACCGCUUUCCCCGCGCCGCCCCGCGAAGGACGGCGAUCCGCCGGGACGGAGCGAGGCAGCGAGGGGCCCGGCCGCCGCUGCCCCCGCCUCUGCUCCCCGCCGCCGCGCCCCGCCGGGCCUCACCUCGCACCCCUCGGCAGCGGCGGCUCCCUGACGCCCGCCGUUGUGAUGCGUAUUCCCGUAGACCCGAGCACCAGCAGGCGCUUCACACCCCCGUCCACGGCCUUCCCCUGCGGUAAGAUGGGCGAGAACAGCGGGGCGCUGGGGGCCCCCGCGCCAGGGGCCCGGGCUCGGCCCGAGGUCCGCUCCGUCGUGGAUGUACUGGCCGACCACGCCGGAGAGCUGGUGCGCACCGACAGCCCCAACUUCUUGUGCUCGGUGCUGCCGUCCCACUGGAGAUGCAACAAGACGCUGCCGGUCGCCUUCAAGGUCGUAGCUCUCGGAGAUGUGCCCGAUGGGACGGUGGUCACGGUGAUGGCCGGGAACGACGAGAAUUACUCGGCGGAGCUCCGCAACGCUUCCGCCGUGAUGAAAAACCAAGUGGCGAGAUUUAACGACCUCAGAUUUGUUGGGAGAAGCGGCCGGGGAAAAAGCUUUACCCUGACGAUCACCGUGUUCACCAACCCCACGCAAGUUGCUACCUAUCACCGAGCCAUUAAAGUGACUGUGGAUGGACCCCGGGAGCCACGAAGGCACAGACAAAAGCUAGAAGACCAAGCCAAACCCUUCACCGACCGCUACGGGGAGCUGGAACGGCUGCGCCAGUCCAUGAGAGUCACCCCAACAACACCUAACCCCCGCGGAUCCCUCAGCACCCCGAGCCACUUUGGGUCCCAGGCUCAAACUCCAAUACAAGGCACGUCAGAGCUGAGCCCCUUCUCUGACCCUCGGCAGUUCGACCGCUCCUUCCCGACGCUGCCGGCUCUCACCGAGACCAGGUUCUCCGACCCGCGGAUGCAUUACCCCGGCGCCAUGUCUGCCGCCUUCCCCUACACCGCGACUCCCUCUGCCACCGGCAUCGGGGGCAUCAGCAUGACCAGCAUGCCCACCACAACGCGCUUCCAUCACACUUACCUGCCACCCCCCUACCCCGGCUCCACACAGAACCAAAGUGGACCCUUCCAGGCCAACCCCUCUCCCUACCAUUUGUACUACGGCACGUCUUCGGGCUCCUACCAGUUCUCCAUGGUGGCAGGCGGUGGCGAGCGGUCGCCCACCCGGAUGCUCUCCUCUUGUACAAGUGCCUCAGCAGGGAACAACUUAAUGAAUCCCAACCUGGGCAACCAGAAUGAUGGGGUGGAUGCAGAUGGGAGCCACAGUAACUCGCCGACGACCAUGACAACUACUGGGAGGAUGGACGAGUCGGUCUGGAGACCCUACUAGGAGGAACUCAGCUGGGCACCGAUACCUUUAACUUAAUCAGCCACCGUUAUGUUACUCCCUUUGAUAGUGAAUAGAGCAAAAUGAUGCCUAGGGAGAAGGUAAACCAAAGUGUCCCAAACCAAAAGCAAACCAGGAUCUCUGCAUGCAAGCAUAGGCAAACAUCAAGCGAAGAUGGACCCAAGACCGACAUUACAUUUCAAGAUGAACAUCCACUUGAGGCUUGAAUUCGUUGCUUGAUGUGGUUCUUUUCAUAUGUUUUCAGUAUGUGGAUUGUACAUAGGGGAGAGAAAAAGAGAAAAGGACAUGUGGAAUCAGAUGUUUGUUUCUUGCAGAACACUCCUCAGUCAUCUCACUCGCACCUCUUCCCCGCACAAAGAAUUCAAGAGUUAGGAAAAGCUCAUCCUUCUUCUGCAGAGUGUUUCAGAGAAGAGAGCAGGGAAUCAUCCAAAGCCAUCCCUCUGCCACCGCAGGGAGACUGAACUGAUAAAGCAAAAGGAAAAAACCAAAAGGAUAACCCCUAUUGCAUCCUCCCCUUCCCUGCUGCCAGCGCAGGGCCCCAGCCACCAAAGAGCUGCGGGCGCCGCGAGAGGGUCGGGUUUGCAGCACUGCCGCGGGUCAGCCACGCGAAGGAGAGCUGUGAUGUGAUUGUUGUGACUUGCUGUUGACGACAGAGGUUCUAUUGUUCUCUUCCUGUCAUUGUCGUCACUUUUAACCAGUAACGUGGCUGAGCCGGGCCGGGCUGCGCCCUCGCCUCGAUGUUUACAUGAGAUGUACUUUUCACGAGACGUGUUUCAGUUUUUGUUUGCUCUCCCGUCCUGACCUCACCAUUCGGCUCUUUGCUCCCCUCAGCACAUCUCAGCGAUGGCGGCUGCGGUGAAGGCGGCGUUCAGGACAAUCCAAGAUGUAUGAGAUGCACUUCCGUGCGCGUUAGCUGCAGAAAGGACUUCGGAGCUUUUGGCAUGACCCUGCCACUGGUCUCUGGGUCUUCCUUUCGAUCUCUUCGAGGGGCAGCACAUGCAGCUGGUGGCGAAGCAUCAUAUUUUCUGUGAUGAUUCUUGCCCGUGUUUUCAGCCAGAGCGGAUGGACACGUGAUGACUUUGUUUUUGUUAAGAAGCAGCUUACACUUGUCAGUUCAUACUGAAAGCUCUAACUGAGAUUUGGAGAAAGGAGCAGUUUCUACUCAGUCCCUUGGUGGUGGGAAUAUUGUGAAGCAAUAUUAUCUAUCUAGCCUUUUCCAGGUCCUCGCCCUCCAGUCCCCUGAGUGAGCCUGAGCACGGGUGUUUUGCUGUGGCUGAAUAAGCUGAAGAAGGGGUGCUAAGGGUACCACCAGCCUGUUGGUGGCUGCUUGCAUCAUGUGGCAUUAGGAGGAAUCGGGUCCCCAGGCAC